CCCAAGGGACCACGGGGUAAAGAACGUGGACAGACUUUGGACACUGGGGCAGGGAGAGAGAAAGAGAAAGAGACUUGCGGCAGAAUUUCACCAUGUGGCUGCGAAUUGCCUGUCUCCUGUUGGGGUUCACCGGCUCUGCUCCAGCCUCAGUGUUCCAGGGACGGGACCAGGCCCACAGCCUCCUCGACAGGGUCAGGCGGGCCAACUCGGGCUGGCUGGAGGAGCUCAAGACCGGGAACCUGGAGAGGGAGUGCCUGGAGGAGCUCUGCUCGUACGAAGAGGCGCGGGAGGUGUUUGAGCACGACCGAGCCACGGAUGAGUUCUGGAAAAACUACAACGUUAAAGACAACUGUCAUUCCAGUCCGUGCGAGAACAAUGGAACGUGCUCCAAUCAAGGGCCAUCCUACAACUGCCUCUGCCCCCCAGGGUUCAGCGGGCGAAACUGCGAGCUAGAAUUCAAGCUCGUUCCGGACACCUGUCUGCAUGACAACGGGGGGUGUGAACACUUCUGCGAGGAGGAAGGAGGGUCCCGAAACUGCUCCUGCGCGGCGGGCUACCUCCUGGCUGAGGAUGGACAGCGCUGCCUGGCUCAAGAGACGUACCCCUGUGGGACGGUCCCUGUCCUGCAGGGGAACCACUCAGAGAAGACGGACCCAAAUGACCCUCGGGCGAGGAUCGUGGGGGGCACGGAAUGCCCCAGGGGUCACUGUCCCUGGCAGGUUCUGCUGGUGUACGGAGAAAAGGGAUUCUGUGGAGGAGCCAUCUACACAGCCACCUGGAUCCUCACCGCCACCCACUGCAUGGAGAAGAUAGAUGUCAAGCACCUCAAAGUGGUCGCAGGUGAGCACAACCUGGACGAGAGCGAGGGAUCGGAGCAGACCGUCCGGGUGGCGGAGAUCGUGGAGCACCCGGGCUACGUGGUGAAGACGUCGGACAACGACAUCGCCCUGCUGCGGCUGCAGGAGCCCAUUCGCUUCUCGGCGUACGCCGUGCCCGUGUGCCUGCCCCGGCGGCAGCUGGCGGACCAGGAGCUGUGGGCCGUCCACUCGCACACCGUCAGCGGGUGGGGCAGGCGCAGCGAGGGCGGCCCCACCUCCCGCAUCCUCCGCAGGCUGGACGUGCCGCGCAUCCGCACGCAGGACUGCGUGCAGAACAGCGGCGUCAGCAUCACCGCCAACAUGUUCUGCGCCGGCUACAUCGAAGGCAGGCAGGACUCCUGCAAGGGCGACAGCGGCGGCCCGCUGGUCACCAAGUACAGGCGAACCUGGUUCCUCCUCGGCAUCGUCAGCUGGGGCAAGGGCUGCGCCCGACCAGGGAAUUAUGGGAUAUACACGCGCGUGUCAAAGUACCUGGAGUGGAUUCACGAGCAUACCGCCGGACAGGCGAUUAAUGGCACCGAGAUUAUAAACUCAUGCCCGCCCGAGACCCACAACCCCCCCCCCCCCCACACACACACACACACACACUACACAUUAUCUGCUGCGCAAGGUCGGCGACCUUUCUCCCGCUCUCCGUCCCCCCCUCUCGCUCCCAGUUCUCACGUUCCUCUGGAGUGGCGAGGUGUACUAUCCUGCGAAGCGGCCAUGUCUCGUCUCGCAAGCAGUUGCUGUCUCUUCCUUCUGUUUCAGCUGAUUUCCGCAGAGGUUUUCCUCCAGGGUCAGGAUGCAAGUCAAGUGUUGGCCAGAAGGCGCCGGGCCAACAGCGCAUUUGAGGAGUUCCGUAAGGGGGACAUGGAGAGGGAGUGCAUAGAGGAGAGGUGCAGCUAUGAAGAGGCCAGGGAGAUAUUUGAGGAUGACAAGAAGACAGACGAGUUCUGGAAUAAAUAUUUUGAUGGGGAUUCCUGCGAAUCGUUGCCCUGCAUCAACCAGGGUGUCUGUAAGGAUGGAAUCGGGAAAUACACCUGCUACUGCAUGGCUGGGUUCCAGGGAGUCAACUGCGAAAUUGCCAUCCCACAGCUGUGCAUGAACAAGAACGGAGAAUGCCAGCACUACUGCCACGUCCAGAAAGACAGGGUCCAGUGCUCCUGCGUCAAAGGGUACUUCCUGGGAGAGGACAAAAAGUCCUGCAUUUCCCAUGACCCCUUUAAAUGCGGCGUUCGGAAAUCCGGAAAAACCAGGAGGAUCUACAUCUACCAGCCUCAAGACAACUCCACGAAGCUCGGCAACGCUACUGAGGAGAUCGGCGCGAAUAACGUGACCGACGCCGCCGCCGGCGUGAAUAAGACGGUCACUACGGUUAUGAAGAUGGAAGACAUUGCGGAUGAGGACUAUGUCAUGCCAGAGGUUGCCGCACAGACACGGAUUGUGGGUGGGGAAGAGUGCCCGCCAGGAGACUGCCCAUGGCAGGCUCUCCUCAUGAACACGGAGGAUAUGGGAUUCUGUGGGGGCACAAUCCUAAACGAAUACUUCAUUUUAUCUGCAGCACAUUGCAUGAACCAGACGCGGUCAUUCUACGUCAUAGUCGGUGAAUUUGACAGAGAGGUGGAUGAAGGGACGGAGUCGAUCCACAAGGUGGAGCAGGUGCUGACGCACAAGCACUACGUCCCGGAGACGUACCACAACGACAUCGCCCUCAUCAAGCUGAAGGACCCCAUACGCUUCACGCCCUUCGUCCUGCCGGCCUGCCUGCCCGAGAACGACUUCGCCGAGGAGGUGCUGAUGCGGCAGGAACAGGGCAUGGUGAGCGGGUUCGGGCGGCUGCGCGAGGGCGGGCGGCAGGCCACCCUCCUGCAGCGCCUCAGCGUGCCCUACGUGGACCGCGCCGUCUGCAUCGAGUCCAGCCAGUUCAAGAUCACCAACCGCAUGUUCUGCGCCGGCUACGACAUGGAGACCAAGGACGCCUGCCAGGGCGACAGCGGCGGGCCCCACGUCACCCAGUUCGGGGAGACGUGGUUCGUGACGGGCGUGGUCAGCUGGGGGGAGGGGUGCGCCCGGGAGGGGAAGUACGGCGUCUACACACAGGUGUCCAAGUACAUUGGCUGGAUCCGGUACGUUAUGAAUAAAUUUGAGCAAACAAAUACAAAUGCUUGAUGACUGUUAACCCUUUUCAGAUCAUAAAUAUGUGAUAAGAAUAUUCUUAACUGGACAUUCUAAAGGUGAUGUCACAAUCGCUACUGGUAAUUGAAAGCAACGGAGUUCUAGAACACUGACUUUUGAAAAAACAUUCAAAAAAAAAAACCUACUCUUCAAAGGGUUAAAUAAGACUCACAGAGACAAAUAAAGAGGCUUUUUGAAUGAUGA